AUGCUACCGUUCUCAUGUCUUCCAGAUUCUGGCAAUGUGUCUAUCCGAAGUGCUGGCGAUGGCAUGGAAACGGAAAAACCGCCAUCAGUUCUAGAGAUUAUCACCGACACACUGCCACCCGGUCCAUCUGAAGCUAACCUCCUCAAGGUAACUAGUCCAAAGCACAGCCCAAAGUCCCACCGUGCCGCUAGCCCAGCUGCCCCCCAGCCCAUUGGAGUGCUUCACUUGGGCAAAGUAAGCCGGGAGUCCUGCACAGAGGUGGAGGCUGUGAGGAUUAUUGUGCCGCGUGCUGCCAUCACUCGGAGCAGCCGCACUUGUCCCGCCGAAGGGAAAGGAGAGGCAGGGCAGCAGGCUGAGGAGCAGGGCUCUCCUCCACUGCUGGUGGUGGAGGACUGGAGAGUACAGCUGGACAAGCUGCAGAACUCUGAGAGAAGGCUUUUGCAGGACAAAGAAGGCCUUUCUAAUCAGCUCCGUGUGCAGACAGAGGUGAACCGGGAGCUAAAGAAACUGCUGGUGGCUUCUGUGGGCGAUGACCUUCAGUAUCAUUUUGAGCGUAUGGCUCGAGAGAAAAACCAGCUGAUUUUGGAAAACGAGGCUCUGGGCCGUUGUCUGGCCCACACUGCCGAGCAGCUGGAGCGGAUGAGCAUCCAGUGCGACGUCUGGAGAAGCAAGUUCCUGGCCAGCAGAGUCAUGGCAGAGGAGCUGACAAAUGCCAGAGCAGCUCUGCAGAGACAGACCAGAGAAGCACAAGGAGCGAUUCAGGACUUACUGCUGGAGAGAGAGGAGUUCUCCAGAGACAUGAUGCUCACACACAGAUCCUUGGAGCAGCUCCUGGUGUCUCUGCAGUGGGGCAGGCAGCAGACAUACUACCCCAGCGCACAGCCCCUUAGCACGGGAGAACUGGCCGCAGCCAAUCACAGGCUAGCAGACGCCAUCAACUCCCACCUGCUGGGGGACAGCAGUGGCGGCGGCAGCGUGGGGAGGGGGGGCGGUGCCACGGCCGAGCAGAUCUGCAGCACGCCGGCCGAGAAGAUGGCUGAGAAGGUGCUUAAGAUCUUAGAUCCCAUCUCUUGCUCCGAGACGAAGGCAAAUACGCCUCUCAGUGAUUCCACUCCCUCAAACUUCCUCAGCAGUAAGAAGAGCAUCGGCAGGUUCCACCCGUACACCCGCUAUGAGAACAUUACAUUUAACUGCUGCGAGCGCUGUUCGGGAGACAUCCUGGUGCUGUAG